AUGCCAUCCCGCCCACUCGUGGCGUCUCGUUUCUUCCGCCGCCCCGGCGUGCGACUCUUCCUCGGCCUCACCAAGGCUUGCUUUGCCUGGCACUUCCUGCAGACGCACGGGUUCCAGGUCGGCCCCGCCGACGGGCCCUCGAUGCUGCCCACCUUUUCCACCUACGGCGACUGGAUCGGCACCAACAUGCGGUGCCGGCGCGGCCGCGGCGUGCGCGUCGGCGACCUCGUGCUGUACAAGAUGCCAUUUGCAAAGUACGACAUGGGCGUAAAGCGCGUUGUUGGUAUGCCGGGAGACUACGUGUCGAUCGGGACGCCGGGGAAGCACGGCGAGGAUACCAUGCUACAGGUUCCAGACGGCCACUGUUGGAUUAUCGGCGAUAACCUCAUCGCUUCGAGAGAUUCAAGAACGUUUGGGCCGUUGCCUCUCGCCCUUAUACAGGGCAAGGUAGUGGCAAAGGUCUUGCCCUGGAGCGAACGCCAAUGGUUCAAGAAUCCGCUACAAGAGGUAGAAUAA